UUACAUUCAUUCCUUUAUGUUUGAUGAUGGUUCAUACUCUAUUCUUCACUUGUGUUGGUUUGAAUCCCAUGCCUUUGAUUUAUGCCCUUGAAGUGUUUGAGAAAAUGCCUCAACCAAAUAAUAGAAUCAUGAAAUUAACAAAACCAACUCGGAUAUGUCUUUGACUUUGCUUAGAAAAUGGCUGAAAAAGAAAGCUAGGGAAAAGUCUCUGUUUGGAUUCAUUUAUAAUGACAAAAAUAAAAAUAAAAAAUCUUUUGUUUAGCUGAAAAACUUUGAAAUCGCCUCUUUGUGGAAAUUUUAUGCAUUUUGUGUAUUUGAUGAUGCUUAGAAAGUGACUAAAAAACAAAGCUGCCGGAAAAGUCUAUGUCUGAUUCAUUUAUCUUGUGAAGAAAGUUUAUUUUUCUCUAGCUGACAAGAGCUGGUCAUUAUCCCGUUAUCUGUUGGCGAAAUUUCCUGUACAUAUAGUGACAUAGUAUUAUUUGUUUUUUUUUCUUUGGUUGAUGGAUACGGUAUUAUUUGUUUGAUUCUAUGCAAAUAGUCAACUCUCCUAUACAAUUUGUCAAGCAAGUCCUCUUUCAUGCUGUUCUCUCUUUGGUGAUCUGUUCAUUUCACAUUCCUUCUCUUCCACUUGGUUUCUGCUUUGCUUCUUGUCCUUCUGACCUGAUCUUGAGAAUUGUUUGUUUUAUUUGUGGUGUUUUCAAUGGCCUCGAGUACCAAACAAGCAUCUGCAGCUCAGCCAGCUCUUGCCUCAGUUGAACUAACUUCUCAGUGGAAGCAUGAUGUGUUUUUGAGCUUCAGGGGUGACGACACUCGGAAGGGUAUUGUAUCUUAUUUAUACCAUGAAUUGCAAAGGAGAGGGAUUAAGACUUUCAAGGAUGAGCCGGGACUUCAAAUAGGGACAGAUAUUUCUCCAAGCCUCUUAAAGGCAAUUGAAGAAUCGAGGUCUGCAAUUGUUGUUCUAUCACCGGAUUAUGCUACUUCUACAUGGUGUUUGGAUGAGCUUGAAAAAAUUAUUCAAUGCUCGGAAGCGAAGAACACAAGAGUUCUGCCAAUUUUUUAUAAUGUGGAUCCCUCUGAUGUGCGAAAUCAAAGGGGGAGCUUUGCAGAAGCCUUUACUAAGCAUGAAGAAAAGGUUAUGGAGUGUGGUGACAACACAGAGAAGCUGAAGCAAUGGAGAGCCGCUUUGACAAAAGUAGCUAAUGUCUCUGGGUUUGAUUCGAACAAAUAUGGGUCUGACAGAGAACUUGUCCAAUGCAUUGUGGAACUUGUGUGCAGUAAUCUGCGACCUAUUUCUAGAAUGUCUAGUGGCUACUUUGAAGCAUUUGAAGCAACAAGACGAGCCAUUGAUGAGCUCAUGGAGGCAUUAAAAAAUGACGAGGUUACUUCCAUUGGGGUCUAUGGAAUGGGAGGAGUUGGGAAGACGUCCAUGGUGAAACAUGUUGGUGCAAUAGCCCAAGAAAAUGAUAUUUUUCAUCAUGUGAUUAUGAUUGUUAUAUCUCAAAUCCCUGACAUGAGAAAGAUUCAAGGCACGUUGGCAGAUUUGUUGGGCCUGAAGUUGGAAGAGGAGACAGAAAUGGGAAGAGCUGCAAGAUUGAUGGAAAAAAUAAUGAAAGUAAACAAGAUUCUCAUAAUUUUGGAUGACAUUUGGGAUACAAUAGACAUGUCAAGCAUAGGAAUUCCCAGCUAUGACGAGCUAAAGAGAUGCAAUUCCAAAGUCCUACUGACCACUAGGAGAGUGAAUGUUUGUCAUACCAUGGAGAGCCAAGCUAACAUUCAUCUCAGUUGCUUAUCAGAAGAAGAUUCUUGGAAGUUGUUUGUGCACAAAGCAAGAAAGUCAUUUGAUAAAUCCACCAACUUCUAUGAUAUAGCAAGAAAAGUAGCUAGAAAAUGUGCUGGUCUCCCAGUUGCAUUAAUUGCAGUUGCAAGGGCACUUGGAGACAAAGAUUUUCGAGACUGGAAAGAAGCAGCUCGACAACUUGAAGUGUCUGAAUGUGCCAAUCUUGAUCAGAAAGAUGUGUUCAGUUGUAUUAAGUUAAGCUAUGAUUACUUGGACGGUAAUGAUGCAAAGUCUUGCCUUUUGCUUUGCUGCCUAUUCCCUGAAGGCCAUGAGAUCCAAAUUGAAGAUUUGAUGAAGUAUGGUUUUGGAGUGGGAUUGUUUAGAGAUGUCAACAGCACAAUAGAAGAUGCCAGAGUCAGAGCAAAUUCAAGUACAAAUUAUCUUAAAGCUUCUGGUUUGCUUUUGGAUGGUACAAGGGAUGGAUGCAUAAGGGUGCAUAAUGUCAUUAGAAAUAUGACUCUAUCAAUUGCCAUGUCUGUAGAUGGCCAUGCCUCCUUGGUGAAAACUCAUUGUCACUUGAAAGAAUGGCCGGUGGAUACACAUGAUGACUACUCAGCAAUCUCACUAAUCGGGAGCAACAUUUGCAAGCUUCCCAAGAAGUUGGUAUGUUCCAAACUUCAGAUUUUAUUGCUACAAAGAAAUAGUGAUAUAAGAAAGAUCCCAAAAACUUUCUUUCAGAGUCCUAAUGAUAUAAGGGUCUUAGAUCUUAGCGAAACUACCAUUUCAUCACUCCCCCUAUCAUUCAGCCUCCUAACCAGACUCCAAAGUUUGCAUUUAGAUUAUUGCAAGCACAUUACUGACAUAUCUGUACUUGGAAAACUGAAAAAGCUCGAGACUUUUAGUAUGAGAGGCUGUUAUAUUAAGAAAUUUCCCAAAGAGAUGGGAAAUUUGUCCAAUCUAAGAAUGUUGGACUUGACUAAAACAAAUGUUCAAAUAGUUCCAGCUCAAGUGAUAUCAAGGUUGCAUAGACUAGAAGAACUCUACAUGAAAUGCAGUUUUGGCAACUGGGGUAGUAAAUUUGAGGAAGGCUUGCCACUGUUUAGGGGUAAAAAGGCCGACUUUGAUGAGUUAACUAGCUCUUCACGUCUAAACAUUUUGGAGGUUCCCAUAAGUAGUGUAGAAUGUUUGCCUCAAGAUGUUAAGUUCCAUCCAAAUUGGGUCAGUUUUGAUAUAUGCAUCGGCAUCGGAAGGUCCAUCGGAAGCUCAUCAGAUGCUGUUCGAUAUUCAAGAUCAUUGACCCUUAACACAACCAUGAACUCCUUACCAGAUUGGUUUAUCAAUGUGGUGGCAGAAAAAGCAGAGGACCUAUAUUACAGCCAUUUCCACGGCUUAAUUAACCUUCUUGAGGAACACGACCGUGGGAGACUUCAUGGACUCAAGUAUCUCUCUCUUGAUUCCUUAGGUGCAAAAGUGUUGUUGAACACAAUAUCAAAUCCUAGGGUGUCAAAUGAACCUGUGUUUGAGAACUUGGAAGGAAUGUAUGUCUCUUCCCUGCAUUUCUUGGAGGAGUUAUGUGUUGGGGAAUUACCAGCUGGGUCUCUACGUAAUAUUAAGGCAGUGAAUGUCCAAUCUUGCUCCCAGUUGGUGAAGCCACUUUUACAGUCAAACUUGUUGCAUAUGCUACAGAAUUUGAAGAAACUAGUAUGUCAUAAGAUGCAUGCAAUGGAAUAUGUGUUUGGAUUCAAAGGGCAGGAACCACAACACUUUCUCUUAACAAAGUUGAGAGUGAUUUCAUUGAGGCAUGUGGCUAACAUGAAAAACAUAUGGAACGGUCCUGCUCCACCUGGAAUUUUCCAGAGUCUCAAAAGAUUUUUCUUGAACGAUUGCUUGACUCUGAAGUAUCUCUUUACAUCUGAUGUAGCUCGAUGUCUUUUUCAAUUGGAAGACCUUUGGGUAGAGAGUUGCCAUAGAUUGGACAGAAUAGUUACGGCAAGCGAGGAAACAGAUAGCAACAAGAUUGUGCUUCCACAGUUGAAGAACUUGAUCUUGUUAUGUCUCCCAGAGCUCACAAGGUUGUCCAGUGCUGCUAGUGACAAUACUGUUAUCAAAAUCGAGUGCCCUUGCUUGGAACACUUGUAUGUUUCUGUGUGCCCGCAGUUUCCAUUAUCUGCUUCUGAGUUUCACAGUAACAACCAAGUUCAACUUAAUGAUCACCAACAUAUACAAUCACUGAAGGAAAGGUGGAACUAGUAUUCUAUGAUACUCAACUACUCUAGUAAUCCAAGAUGGGAACAAUGACUGAUUUGAGAGACUAUGCUCAUAGAAGAGAGAUGAACUUAAUGGUCAGGAAGAAAACCUUAACUGUGUUCAAGUCCAUUAUUUUUAUCUUUCAAGUUAAUUUAUUUGGCUUAGUAAAGUGGUUCUGCAUGUUCAUUAGAAAUGAAUCCUGGAAAUUUGAGAAACAAAUUAGCUGUGCAACAAGCCAAUAAGAGAAUAUUUGUUAGUUGUAGAAAUCAUACAUAUGACAGCAACUCAGUUCUUAUGUAUAUUUGUGAUAUAGACUGCAAAAGCAUUUUCAACUUUGGUAAAUUUUGUAACACGAAUACGUGAAAUUGUUUUACAAUCUCACUACAAAAAAAUUAGUAUAGCAUUUUCGUGGUUCGUGAUAUGAUGAUAUCUAGAUAGUUGUAGUUUGACACGGCCUUGUUGGACCAAGCGAAGAAAACACAGAAAAGAAAGAGACCACUGGUUUUCCAGAUUUGAAGAACUUGCUCCAGUAACCCAGCUUCUAUGGGAGUUUAGCAGUGCAACUGCUACACAUAUCGAGUGCCCUUCUUUCGAACACUUGCAUGUGUACUGGCUUCCCUAAGUUUUCAGCAUCUAAUUUGUAUCUUUGGGACUAA